AUGCUGCUAGUGUCCCUCCAGGUGGACCUUUGCCUUCCCUACAACUGGAUGUUUCCGCAGACGGCCAUGAUUGGCCUGUUGGUUUGUGGAGGGUGCGUGCUGAUCAGCUUGAAGUUCUGCAUCAUGUGUCAUUGCUUGGCCAGCCAAAGGUUGGCUCAGGCGAUGGUGUUGGUCCUUUUGUUGGCCUCCGACUGGAUCAGCUCGCUUCAUUUGAUGGACUUGGUGUCAGAUGAUGCCAAGGACUCGCUGCUUCUUUAUUUGCUACUUGUUGCAGGUCUGGUGCAGCUCCGGAGUGCAUUAUACAGGCUUGGCCUUCGCUCUCGCUGGGCGCGCGCCUGGAUGGUGCGGCGUACUAGGCUGAUGGGUGGCGAGCUGUCAAGUUCCAUGAACCUGGAGUCUUCAGACAGCGACAAUGAGCAAGGGCCUGGCAGCUUGCCAGAGAGCUUUCAUGAGGCCUUGGUUGCUCUCCUGGGCUUCAACGUGAGACAGCAGAACUCCAGCCGCCAGUUUCUGUGUGGGGUUCGUUUAGCGGUGCCACAGCAUCAGCAGAUGCAGCCGCAGCCCCCUACCGAAGCGCAUGCUGCAGAGGUUGAGGCGCAGUCAGCUGACACACCGGGCCCGGUCCCACCGGAGGGCGCAGCGCCCGCAGCGCCGGCUGCAGGGGCUGCUGCAGCACCCCUGCCGUUAGAGAUUUCGUCUGAACAUGAGAAGUGCGUGGUGUGCAUGGAGGAGUUCCAGCCUGGCGAUCGCGUGAGGCCUCUACCCAAGUGUGCCCACAUCUUCCACGCCAGCUGUUUGGAACAGUGGAUCCUGACCCAGAACAGCCGGGAGGCCACGAAGUGCCCCAUGUGCCGCCGCCCAGCACUGGCACGGCGCCAGGACAAGGGCUGCACGAAAAUCUCUGAGCUGCAAGUAGAGACUACCACUGGGUCUGCCAGAGGAAGUCGUGACAGCGCCAACCACGGCCGCCGCUCGCGCGAGCGGCUGCAGGAGAACGGUCCUGGCCGCCAGCCGCGAACGCGGCGGCCGCCGGGUAGGCGCCCCAAUCGUUCCCAACAGGUGACGGCACUGCGCAUGACUUUGGGCGUGUCCGAGCUUUUGGCACAAGUGGCCUUUGACCUCACAGGAACAGGUAGUGCAGCUGCGAACCUGAUUCUGGAACAUCGCUCGAUCUUGGAGAGUGACUACGGAAGAGGUCGGAUGCGAUUGACGCCUUCCAUAGGUCCACUUGAAGAUGCGGUGCCCGACAUUGUGGCGGCAAGCCCUUCCCUGGCGGGGGUGGAAGAGCAGCUCCGGCGUCAGCUGCGGCAGCUCUGCUCGGAACACGCACACCUGGCUACGCCUUGGACGCAGCUCACGGCCAUGCGACAGGAGGAGGUCUUGCGUGAGAUGCUCCAGGACGUUUUGAGGCGUUUGGAAGCCCGUGAUGGCAGCUAG